AUGGAUUGUUUAACACCAAUCGGCAUAGAUGAAUUUGUUCAGAUGUCCGAUUUGGACGCAGUUCUUCUCUUCGGAACAGUCUUUGCAAAUGAGUUCUCACACCUGAAACAUGCAGCUGUCACUGUGGAGUCAACUACAGCAACUGCAUUAGGGCGGCUGGGAGAGAUGGCUAACGAAACACCAUCGAUGGUUCUUUACAAAGAGGACUUUCCGGAAGUGAAUCGCACUCUCGUGAGCAUGUUAGCAGUCAAAUGGGUUAUGGGUAACGACUAUACAGCAUUCACCGCUACUCAAAAACACAACAAGCUCUCAGAAAACUCAUUUCAGCAGCUGCGGGAAUUUUACGAACGUCUACUACGCACCACAGACGACCUCCAUGCCUUGCUAAUUGCCAUGGCGAUUGAUGACAUCGGCAAAGAUGCUGGACUUUCCGAGGAAAUGGAGAAGCUGGGCCUCGAUUCAGACUAUAAGGAUCAUUCAGAUUUGGUUUACAAGGCAGCACAAGCGGGCCUCAUUCCAUCACUGAAGAUCGUCGCGUCCAAAUCCCAACAAGACAUUCUGAGCUGUCUCCAUAUAGGAUCCAAGCUGAACAUCUCACAAGCUGUGCAGGGAGAAUGUCCUCCUGCAAGUCUUGAAAUACUGUCGACUGUGCAAGGCCAAGGAGACGGCAUUAAUCUUCGAGCAAUGGUGACAUUCCUUGAUGUGGCAGGAGCAGGCGGGCACGCAGACACACGCAGUUGUAUUGUGAUGACCGAGCCUGUGUUUCAAGCAUACAUGUCGGCCCUUGAUGCUUUUGAUCGGUUUUCCACUGGUCGCAUAUCAUCACCCCGAGCAUGUUAUGACCACAUUCUAGACACUCGGGCAAAGAGCCUCCAACGGCAGGGGUUUGAAUUUCCCUCGUCUGCCGAUGAAGCGCGAGCACUGUCUCGGCUGCUGUGCAUGGGACGUGUCACUGCAAUUGAACAAGCGAAUCAGUUCAAGGAAGCCCUUCAUUGGCUCCCCCCUCCAGCCAAGAAAGAUCUAGUGACUGGAUUGAAUGUGGACGGGAUAGAUGACGGGGUUGCGAUCGUCCCAUAUUAUGCCCCUGGACUCAUUGCCGACGCGCUCAAACCCACAUUCAACAUCGAUUCUGUGGCCGUACCAGUGUUAUCUGCUUUUUUCCGAUUUUUGGCAAGGGUUUUUGAUGGAUCCGAGCCGAAACCUGGAGCUGAAGGCGGCAUGAUUGAGCGCGAUUUGAGUUUCGUGCAGGAUACUAUCAAGAGUAGGAGCUUUCAGGAUUAUCCUGAAAUCUUGAAUGAUGUUCCAUUCCCAUGGAAGUAG